CGUGGGUGCGUUUAAUAUCAUGGCAACAGAAAUAAAUUAUUUGUUACAUAAAAUAUUUAUUUUCGCCAUAAUUAAUACAUUCGUCAGCUCACAUUUAAUCGGGGAUAAGACGCAUUUGACGGAGUUAAAAAGGCUGUGUGAGCACGCCUACAAAUGCUUCCACGACACAAUCAUAGUAUGCGGCAAGUCCGUCAACGAGGCACGAACGUUCCUGGACCUCUGUGAUAUGUACGAAUAUGCCUGCGAAUAUACCAUGGUUUUCAGACAUGUGAAAGAUGACGACGUCUGCCCCAAUCCAAAGGAACUGGGCGUUGGAGUUGGAAGAUAAAUAAUCAUUAAGAUGAAUUAAGAGUAUUUAAUUUAAUUAUGAAAUAAACUUAUUAACUAAAAUUGUA